AUGCAGCUUCAGACCCUCAUCGCCGCCAUCGCCUUCGCCGCCUUCGGCGCAGCACAGACUACCUCGGUCACCUCCUGCACCCCAGGCACCAAGAAUAUCAUCAAUGUCUGCAACGCCUCGCACCAGCUACAGCUCACCGCCAUCUGCUCCGGGAACUGCCGGUAUAUCAACGGCAUUCCUUACUGCGUUUGA